CAUCACCCGUCUCUGGUAGAUCUGAUGGCCUGGAACAUCGAGCCGACGCGCGCCAUCCUGGUCCUCACAUUCUGCCCAGGCGGUGAUCUCUUCGACGUGGCUACCGCACACUCCAACUUGCUUGUGCCCUCACUACUCCGCAGGGUCUUUGCGGAGCUUGUUGGUGCAGUGCAGUACCUUCACGAACGCCACAUCGUGCAUCGAGAUAUCAAGCUGGAGAAUGUUCUCGUCAACCUCACCCCCCAGGAGCUUGCAGACCGCAGCAUCGAUUGGCAGACAUAUCCUUACAGCGUGACGACCUUGACGGACCUUGGUCUGUCCCGCCGCGUCGCCGACGACGAGAAGUUGACAACCCGUUGCGGCAGCGAGGACUACGCGGCGCCUGAGCUGAUCAUGGGUCUGGAGUACAAUGGCCAUGCCACGGACGCCUGGUCUGUCGGCGUGUUACUCUACGCCCUGCUUGAGAGCAGGUUACCCUUUGACCCACCCCCAGGGAUGAGCGAUGCGCUCCGCAUGCGAAGCCGAACGAGUCACCGGAUCGCACGUGUGGAGUGGCAAUGGGUCAAGUUCGCCGGAGAUGACGGAGAUCACGAGGGCGAUGCCAAGAAGUUUGAGGCUGCAGGCAUGCUUGGUGCGAUGGAGGUCACAGAAGGUCUGCUCAAACGGGCCAGAAGCCGAUGGCCCCUCGAGAAAGUCGCAGGAACUGAGUGGGUCAAGGGUGGCAUCGCCGUCGAGGGAGGUUUGAAGUUCCGUGAGGCGGACGAGGGACAGGAGGUUAUAUGACAGGACGCAGAGGAAGAGCAACCAUGUUUUCGAUUAGAGAGAAGCUCUGUGUUCUGGACAGGCUUGGGUUCCAAGGUUGGAAUGCCCAUCGCCAAGGGCUGACGGCGUAAUGCUUAGACGGGAGGCCUGGGGUUUUUUUUUUCUGAUUCAGACACAAUCCACGCGAAAUCGAAAUCCAACGACAGCAUGAAGAAUCGGGUCGGACAGACAAGGAGCAAGGUUUAAAAGGGACGGCCGGCGUCUGGCAGCGAGGAUGAUUGGGGCACUGCCUUCACCACUUUCGUUCCCACAAAGACACAUUUGUUUAGAUUGAUGUUUUUAUCUCUCUUUGAACUAGAGGACCGAAGACAAUAUUCGGAAUAAGGCCAGCUCUACACUCAGACGAGAUUUUCAAUAAAUGGCCCGACUCUACGUUCUUUUUGCAUUCACAGCCUCUGUUUUUGUGGAGUGUGCUGAGGCUGGAGAUAGGUGUUCUGUUUGAAGGGAGACAAGAAUCUUGUCAUUUGGGUGUGUGGGUGCAGCGGUGGCGUUCAAAAUUGACGUAAUCGAGUCCC